CCGUAGGCUCUCGCGGUGCGUGCGGACGGCAUCUUUUUUGUGUCGCUCCGUCGGCCAUACAGUUCCUCGGUCCAGCCAGCGCAUUCUGGUGUUUUCCCUCGCCGCGCGUGCAUGCUGCCGUUUUCCACUGGUGGUGUGUCCGUCCGUCCUUAGCGAAUUGUUGUACGGUCCUCCUGCCAACACCUUCUGUCUUGGCCAGCCCAAGUGGAAGUAAAGUGACCAAACAACCACAACACCAAACUUCAAUCAAACCCCAACACAGUGUUUGCGGAGUGUGUGAGAGAGCAACAGCGGGAACCUUGGGGACGAGUUGCGGGUGCGCGCGUGUGUACAUUGGAAGUGGGGUACAGGUGAAGACGGGCAUCGUGCCUCCGCGUGGAGAAAUGGCCGCCGUUGAUGAGUGAAAGUAGUGGACGCUUCACUGAUGUUGGCUAGCAGCAGAGUGAUCGAAGAAGCAGCAUAACGAACGGGAGAGAAAGAGAGAGAGAGUGCGUUUAUGUGUGUGUGUGUGAGUGUGUGUGAUCGAGCGGUUGGAGAAGGGUGGAAGACGAAGGCCGUGUUGCAUUAAAGCAUAAUUAUUCAAAUUAUCUGUGCGUUUGUUUGGUGGAAUUUUGCGAGAAACACAGGGGGCAGCCCCCGAAGAGCGUGCGGCCGGGGGUCAGCUGCCAAAGCAAAACCGAAAAGGCAAAAAAAGGCAGCCCGUCGAGAAAUGCUGGACAAAAACCGGUAUCUCCCUCGCCAGGUACCGUGCCGAGCCUGCCUCCUCUCCCCGCGAAAACAAAAGCCUUCCUCGCAAUCAACCGUUGCAGAUCGCAUCCAAAAGCCACGUGUCUGCCCAGUGCUGCGUGCGUCUGUGUGUGCGCCAUGACGCAGAUGGUUCGGCGCUGCGAAGCUGAGGCAACAACCUUUCCGGACGCUGUGCGCGGCUGAAACAGGGAAAUAUCAUCUCCUCGUGCGCGCGAUGGUCAUCGCCGGAGCCAUCGAAGGUCACCUGUAAGCGAGCGAUCAAACAAAAACAUACAUACACAUACACGCGCGCGCGCACACACCGUGCACACCUGUACCUGUAGCCUGUGGACGGUGCGGGAAGCGCCAUUUUUUAUUCUUCGACCGAUUCGUUCGGCUUCCAGCAUCCGCAGCGACAGCCGCCAUUAAGCGCUGCGGGCGCUCGGUGCGGGAAGAAGGGCCAACAGAGCGAAAUGACGACGCCACACGGUAUGCCACCGACCGGUGGCGGUGCGCCGGCACCGCCCGGCACCGGCGAGCGGCCACUCAGCUUCUACGACAACCUGUCCACCUCCUCCUCCCUGACCGGCCGGACCAUCCAGUUUCCGGACAUACAGUUCCGGUUCGACGAGAACAUUCCCGACCGCCGUUCGGUGCACAGUACGGCCAAGUCGGACUUUUUCGGUCUCAGCACGGCACCAGCCACGACCAACACCACCACCACCACCAGCACCAGCAUCGCCCUGACGCUGGACGAACCGCGCAGUCCGCCGGGGGGCUCCGGCUCGCCCGUCACUCCGCCGCUCCGGCCGUUCGACAACGGGGCUACACCACCGAUCACCGGUUCGCCCGCGUCCAGCGGCGCCUCGACCGCCCCGCUGCGGUCACCCUCGGUCUCUCCCGGCAGUGCGGUCGGCGAUGGAGGAACCGAACCGCCCACCACCAGUACGCCCCGCUGCUCGCGGCCCAACUCGACGAUCAAAACCAUCACCAUCAAACUGCCCGACCCGGUCACGGGCGCUGCCGGCGGACCGUCUGAGGCCGUCUACAUGACGACGACGGUGCCGCAAAACUUCGCCAAAAAUGCCAGCACACUGAUCGGGCGCCACAAGCCGACCCGGAGCAGCCUCCGGCACAGCCGCAUGCUGGUGGUGAACAAAACCGUCCCGGUGCGGUACCCGCCCGGCAACUCGCUGAACCUGCGCCACCUGCGCCUGUGCCGCACGCUCAUGGUGCUGCAGAUACUGAUCGGCAUCGUGCUGAACGUAAUCGGGCUGAACAUCAUGGUGUGGUCACCGUCCACCAGCACCAAGGACAAUCCGUACUGGUCGGGUUUGAUUCUAAUCGUUUGUGGCGUGCUGUUUCUGGUGCUGUUUCAGUUCAAGCGGGCCCGCACCGGCACGGACAAGGGAACGCCCGCCCAAAACGUGGCCCGGCUGCACCAGCCGCAGUCGCCGUGGCGGGAAAACUGUUUUCACUUUCUGCGCGUGAACGCGCUGAUCGUGCUGCUGCUGACCAUCUUCUUCACCGCGCUAGCGUUCAUCUACGCGAUGAUCCACGCGACCAACCUGUCCGCGGAUGGAUUGCGCUGCGAGCCCCAGUUUACGUUCAACGUCAACUCGUCCUCGUGCGUGUGUACGAUCGAUACGCGCCCGGCGGCCCGAACGACCGUGCUGCCGAUGAGCGCGAACGCGACCGACCCAUCGCUUGACGAAUCGCUGCCCGCUGGAGGCGCGUACCACGACGCCGGCAUCAUACGGCUCGAGUAUCGCGACUUCAACUGCAAUGAAGUGCACAGCAUCUGGUACUACGUGAUGCUUGUCUCGACGCUGCUAAAUAGUGCCGGCUGUCUGCUGGCCACCACCUUCCUAGUCAUCUACAGCAUGGAGUGUUUUCGCCGGUCCACCGAUCGGCAGCCGCAUCGCGCCAAGAACGGUCAGCCGGGUGGUGGGGUGCGUAUCGCUGAUCCGGCCGCCACCACCGGUAACCUGGCGAAUACAAACCACCCAAAUGCGACUGCGCCGGACGCCUCCACACUGCCCCUGCUAGCGAUUGCGAAACCGGCCCCACGCGGCCCACCCGCACCCGACAGCAGCAUACUGAGCAGCACGGCCAGUAGCGGCCGUCCGGAAACGGGCCAAACGGACACGACUCUCGAGGAAAACACACUGAUCACGAUCCUGUCCGAGGAGGCGGCUGAGGAGGGCAACAAAACGUUAGUUUCGUGAGGAAAGCUAGCGAGAGAAGGGCAGCGAGAAACGCGGACGGUGCUAUAUGAGUAUAAAUCCUCAGACUUGUAAAUGCAUCGUGAAGAAUAGUUAGCUGUUAACUGCACGAUAACGAUAACUGCAAUGGGUGCUAAGGCCUCCCCCCCCCGGUAACGAACAGUAUUCGUUGGUGAGCUAGUAAGGUAUUGCAAUAAACAGAUGCGUCUAGCCGAAAACGGUACGCGUGUAUGGAAUUUAAAGAUUAUUCGAUUUUAUUGUCAGUUUUUUUCCCACGGUUGGUCCGAAUUUCCCGGACUUGAGACGCACUUAAGCCAGGCAUGAUGCUCGUGCAGCCCGCAAAACAAUUUUAAAACUAUAUAUUGAGCGAAUAAAAAGAAACAGAAACAUAAA